AUGCCGGUUCCACGGGCUCCUGCACCGACGCUUCCCGUGCCGCGCCCACCGGCGGACCAGGCGUACUACGCGGCUCCGCAGCCGUACGGAGGAUACCCACCGCCGCAGAUGAGCGGCGCCUACGGUCUCCCUGCGGUCCCGCCGCUGCCCUCGCCGGCGCUGCCGACGGCACCUUGGGAUCCGGCGCUCCUCACCGCGCUGCACGCUACGCCUACGCCGAACAACUACACUGGAGGCGGUGAUUGGUACAUGGACACCGGGGCUACGGCUCACAUGUUUGCUCAUCCUGGUAAUCUUGCCUCCUUCACCCUGUCACCACCGACCGCCGCAUCAUUGUCGGCGACGAAUCUUGUUUCUGUUCGUUGUUUAACUCGUGAAAAUCCUGUUACUGUUGAAUAUGAUGAGCUUGGUUUUUGUGUCAAGGACGCUCGAACCAGGAUGGUACCUCCGGCUGUUCCUCCCGCCACCGGUGACGCGGGUUCCUCAACGUCGCUCCCAGGGCGCUUGCGCACCUCUCUUGGCCCGCCCCUGGCUUUGAGGCGCGCCCCCCCGCCUGCGGCGCCUCCUACAGCCGCGGGACUGGCCCCCGCGCCCCCCGGCGCCCGCGGCCUCCUCGGCGCCCCCUGCUCCCCUCGGCGCCCCGUCGGCGCCCCCGGCCUCCUCGGUGCCCCCGGCCCCCGCGCCUCCGGCACCUGUGGCCGGCACGGUCACCCGCGCCUGUACGGGCGUUUUUCGCCCGAGCUCGCUACGCCGCGGAUGACUACGUCCAUGCGGCGUCCACCUCUGAGCCGUCGCCACUGCCAUCCUCCGUCCGAGCCGCUCUUCGUGACCCGCUCUGGAUGGUUGCGAUGCAAGAGGAGUUUGACGCCCUGUUGCGCAACCGGACGUGGCAGCUUGUUCCCCAUCCCCGGCACGCCAACGUGA